UUGCUCUCUUUUAAUCAUCAUCUAAUCCUCCAACGAUCUCAUACUUUGUUUAUUUAAUUUUCAUUCAUUACUUGUUAACUAAUCUCUGUUUUGCAGAAUUUAUCAUUCUUUUUAUACAUAUAUUUUGCUGUUACCUCUAACAUUAUGGACGCAGGAUCUAAUACUUCUUCAGCCACAGUUCCGAAAUCAUUUCUUCAAAGAAAAAGUUCCGGAGAAAACUUGGAUAGGUUCAUACCAAACAGAUCAGCUAUGGAUUUUGAUUACGCGCAUUACAUGCUAACAACCGCCGAUCCGAAAAAAGGUAAGGAAAAUCCGAUUGCCAGCUCACCGUCUAAGGAAGCCUACAGGAAACAUUUGGCAGAGACCUUCAACAUGAACAGAAGCAGGAUUUUAGCUUUCAAGAACAAACCCCCGACUCCAGCCGACACGGUUUUAAGUGAUUGUUCUUCGGUCCAGCAGGCAAAGCCCGUAAAGGCCCGUAGACACAUUCCUCAGACUUCUGAGAGGACACUCGAUGCACCGGAUAUUCUAGACGAUUACUACUUGAAUCUGUUGGAUUGGGGAAGCAGCAAUGUUCUUGCUAUCGCGUUAGGAAGUACAGUUUAUCUGUGGGAUGCUGCAGACGGUAACACCUCGGAAUUGGUCACCGUAGAUGAUGAAACUGGUCCGGUGACAAGUGUUAAAUGGGCACCUGACGGUCGUCACAUCUCAGUCGGCCUAAACAAUUCCGAUGUCCAACUUUGGGACACUACCUCUAACAAACUGCUAAGAACAAUGAGAGGAUGCCAUCAAUCUCGAGUCGGAUCACUGGACUGGAACAACCACAUUCUGACGACCGGAGGAAUGGAUGGUCGGAUAGUGAACAACGACGUUAGAAUCCGAUCACACAUAGUUGAAACAUACUCGGGCCACCACCAAGAAGUAUGCGGGUUAAAAUGGUCAGCUUCAGGUCAACACCUAGCAAGCGGAGGCAACGAUAAUCUCGUCCACAUCUGGGACCGAUCAAUGGCAACCCAAUAUGUUCACAGACUGGAGGACCACACGGCUGCGGUGAAAGCACUCGCUUGGUGUCCGUUUCAGAGUAACCUUCUUGCCACUGGUGGUGGAGGCGGUGACAAGUGUAUAAAGUUCUGGAACGCGCACACGGGUGCUUGUUUGAACUCGGUGGACACGGGGUCUCAAGUGUGUGCGCUUUUGUGGAACAACAAUGAGCGGGAGCUGCUGAGCUCACACGGGUUUAGUCAGAACCAGUUGACUUUAUGGAAGUACCCGUCAAUGGUUAAAAUGGGGGAGCUCACCGGGCAUACAUCGCGGGUUCUGUUUAUGGCACAAAGUCCUGAUGGAUGUACCGUGGCGUCUGCUGCUGGAGACGAGACGUUGAGGUUUUGGAAUGUUUUUGGGAGCCCGGAAGUUGCUAAAGCUGCGCCCAAAGCCGCUGCUGAGCCGUUUGCUCACCUCAACCGUAUUCGUUGAUCACAUAACAAUUACUUGGGAGAAAUGUCUUGUUGAUCCAAUGAAAGAAAGAGUAAAUUAUCAGUCAUCCAACACUGUUACUUAAUUCGCUGUUUU